AUGCACGUCUCAAGUUUCCUCAUUGUCUCCAUCAAUGCUUUUGGUGCAUUGGCAUACCCUCUUACCGCCACCAACGCUGCGGCUCCCGUCUCUGAGCUUGUUGUCUCUUCAGGUGAUGCACAGUCAUACAACUGGCAAAGCGGCUAUGUCUCUCAAUUCACAAUCCAUUCAUCCUGCAAUGCAACCGAGCGUCAUGAGCUUAGCGAAGGAUUGAGACAAGCUGUGGAAAUGGCUGAGCAUGCUAAGAAUCACAUCCUUGUCCAUGGUAACAAAUCCGAGAUCUUUCAAAAGUACUUCGGUAAAGGUCCUACUUCUACGCCAAUGGGAUGGUUUGACAAGAUCGCCUCUGGUAAUCGUGCUGGCGUCAUUUUCCGUUGUGAUGACCCUGACCGUAACUGCGAGACUCAAGAUGCAUGGGCAGGUCACUGGCGGGGUGAAAACGCAACCGCCGAAACCGUCAUCUGUCCGCUUUCCUACCAAACCCGUCUCCCGCUCACUGCACUCUGCGCGCGAGGAUUCAACGUCGCAACCGGGCGACCCGCAAACUUCUGGGCUGCAGAUCUCAUGCACAGACUCUACCACGUUCCACUCAUUGGCGAGGAAAUCGUCGACCACCACGCUGAUGGAUACCAUGGCGUUCAAGAUCUCGCUGCCGGUAUCAACUAUACCCUUGCAGGACACAAUAGUGCCACAUUGACGUAUUUCGCAACCGAGGCGUAUGCGUAUGAUAUUGCUGUUCCUGGUGAGGGAUGUGUAGGCAAGGCUAGUGUUGAGGAGGAUGAGGAUUCACAUGGUGCUCCUACAGCGACUGCGUCGGCUGUGCCGACUGUGAACCCUACAAGAAUUAUCCCGGCUGAGAGUACUACUCCUGCGGCUAGUCCUGCGGCUAGUCCUGCUGGAACCGAGUGCCAUACACAUGCUGAUGGAACAUUACACUGCGUUUAA